AUGGUUUUCACUCGCAGCCAAGAGCGAACCGCGAAGCGCAAGCGCGGAGCGGAGGAAGAAGAGCAUGCCAACAACGGCCAGGUGGAGAGUUCUGCUCGCACCAAGCGAGCCCGCCAUGAGACUGCCGAGACUCGUCCAUCAGAGCUGGCCACUCUGCGGGCCCGAAACCAAAAGCUGGAGGUGCGAGAGAGCGCCAACCUCACCGAGAUCGCAUCUCUCCAGGCCAAAGUCACUCUCCUCACUGAUAAAUAA